UCAGAGAGUUUCCUCCUCCUUCUCCUUUCUCCUAUUCUGGGAGGUUCACAUAAGCAAUCUGAACUCUCUCUGCCCUGAACAAGCAUAUUUAUAAAACACUGAGAUGUAAGUUGUGAUCUUCUGCACAAGGUUUAACAGAGGAGAAAGAAAGCGAGACGGGAAAGUUGCAUCCUAAACUCUGCCAUCAGAGGAUCUGGUUUCCAUCCUGAUAACAGCCAACCAGGUUCGCUAACAAGACAUGGAGUCAAAAAAUGAAGGGUCAACGCUGUUGACCAGUGAGAAAUUGGCCUCUAUUGAGGAUGAAGAUGUUCUCAACAAAAUGCUGGACAGUGCAGCAGAUUUUGAAGAGAGGCGGAUGAUUCGAGCUGCUUUGAGGGAUCUGCUCAAGAAAAAGAGAGAAAAAAGGGAGCAGGAGCGCGGGGUGAGGCACCAAGACCUGAAACAGCAGGGCUUGAAUAGAGGAGGGACGACUGGAGGAACUGUUAGCGUCGGAAGAGCAUCUAUGAACCAGCAGCCAUCGGUGAACAAGUCAGCAGGUCAGCCGUCAUCCUCCACUCCAAUCAGCAAGACCACAGGCAGGGCUGGUCCUGCUGCUGUCUCAGCCCAGAAAUGUUCCUUUGCUGAACCACCCAAUGCUAAAAAUGUCAAACAAAUGCUUCUGGACUGGUGCAGGGCCAAAACAGAGCCAUAUGAGGGGGUAGACAUCCAGAACUUCUCAUCCAGCUGGAAAGACGGCAUCGCCUUCUGCGCCUUGGUGCACAGAUUCUACCCCGACGCGUUCGAAUACUCCACCCUGAACCCUUACAAGCCCAGAGACAACUUCCAGCUGGCUUUCAGCACGGCAGAGAGGCUGGCAGGCUGCCCCCCUCUGCUGGAUGCUGAGGACUUGGUGCGGAUGAAGGAGCCCGACUGGAAGUGUGUGUACACGUACAUCCAGGAGUUUUACCGCUGCCUGGUGGAGAAGGGCCUCGUCAAAACCAAGAAGCGCCCAUAAGUCUCCGAGAGCCCACGAGUCACUGUGAUCUUUCCAGAUAAACGCACCGAGAGAGCCUGAGGUCAAAAGGAUGACUUUGUGAUCGUGUCCAGAUAAAUAUUUACCAUUCGAUCUGAGCCAUUUCACUAGAAACGAACGGUGACAAAUGGAUGGUAUUCAACAACAGGGAAUUGUUGCUGUCUGUGUGAUUUAAGAGAACAGCUGGUGCUUAGGGUCAGUUCAUUCCUCUGAGAUUACACAUCUGCAUUAAUCCCACUGUGAGUCUGAGCAUGACUUUCAUGAUGAUGAUGAUGAUGAUGAUGUCCAGGACUCGCUGCAGUAUGUGCGUCAGUUAAAUAAAUACUUAUUUCAUUAUGCGACUUGCUUUUUUUCCCCUGCAAAAGCAAUUAAGAAAAAUCAUAUUUUUUCCAUGAACUUUGGCAUGAAACGUGUUGACUGCAUCGUCCAAAUGCUGAGGAAUAAAAAGGGUAAUUUGUA